AUGGACCCCCUCUUCCCCCAGGGCCCCCUCAAUCCUAUUGAAGGGGUUGAGCAGUCCUCAGACUCCCCGGGAACCUCCACCCGUUACAGCAAGCACAUCAUCUUGACCACAUACCCAGGUCAGAGUGGCAUUGAGCCAGUUCCUCUCGAAUGGGGUGCGGCGGAUGCCAAAUCCCGAGGUCCGAUCGUGGUUUCACGCAGCGGGAACCUCCUGAAGCGCCGCAACGCCAUCGGUGCCCACGGCGGUAGUUAUAGCAUCUAUAAUGCCCUUGCAAUUGCAGCCGGUGACUUGGAUGCGGACUUCCGACCUGAUCUCCGCAACUCUGAGCCGACCUUUAACUUCCCGUGGCAGCCAGCGUGGGCGGAUAAGACCAAGAUCGUAUCUUUGGACCCAUAUGGCCAUGAUAUCGUCAACCAGUUCAAGCAAGAGCUGGAGGCGGGCUGGGAUAUCCGUCCCACCAUGGCAGUGACCCGUGCUAACAUGAAGCUGGCGGAGAUCGCGGAGGAUGUGAAGAACGGCCUCCUCGAGGUUGAUGGAUCGAUUCUGGUGGACUCUUCGGGUGAGGUGCGCGUGACCAAGGUCGCCGCCGAGCCGGUGUGGUAUCUCCCCGGGGUUGCGGAGCGUUUCGGAGUCGACGAGGGUACUUUGCGUCGUACUUUAUUCGAACACACUGGUGGAAGCUACCCGGAGCUCAUCACCCGACCGGAUCUCAAGACGUUCCUGCCACCCAUCGGCGGUCUGACUGUGUAUAUCUUUGGUCCACCGGAGCGGAUCGCCGACGAGAAUGUCAAGUUGGCAUUGCGCGUUCACGAUGAGUGUAACGGAAGUGAUGUCUUUCAGUCAGAUAUCUGCACCUGUCGACCGUAUUUGGCCUUUGGUAUCCGCGAAGCCGUGCGAGAGGCCCAAAACGGCGGCAGCGGUGUGGUGAUCUACUUCCGCAAGGAAGGCCGAGCCCUAGGAGAAGUCAUCAAGUAUCUGGUGUACAAUGCGCGAAAGAGAGGCGGCGACACCGCCGAUAAAUACUUUACCCGAACAGAGAACAUUGCUGGAGUCCGCGAUAUGCGAUUCCAAGCCCUCAUGCCCGACAUCCUGCACUGGCUCGGCAUAAAGAAGAUUGACCGCAUGUUGUCAAUGUCGAAUAUGAAGCAUGAUGCCAUUGUUGAUACUGGCAUUAAGAUCCUCGAGCGCAUUCCCAUUCCGGAUGAGAUGAUUCCCAGCGACUCUCGUGUCGAAAUCGAUGCCAAGAUCCAAUCGGGAUACUUCACCACCGGAAAGAAACUCACAGAUGAAGAGUUGACCCAAGUGAAGGGCCGUGGCUGGGAGAAAUGGGAGGACAUUGCGGUAAGUGGAAACACUCUGCUUUUCAAACGUUGUUUCUGA